ACAGGAGUUAAAACACCGGAGCACACAGUUAACUGGCUGGACUCGGGGGAGUCCUACAGCUGUUUGCUCAUGUGACUCUUCCUAGACUUUUGAUUAUGUCAUCUCCGAGCGCCGCCUUCUAGCCCAAGGUAUUCCUGCUGGAGCAUGCGCAUACGCACGGAAAUACUCUGGCUGACCUGCCGCAGUUCCUUCAGAAAAGUAUAGGAAGGUCCCAAAAAAUUACCACCAUCUCCCACCUCCGCCGAGCUCCUUCUGGAACAAAAUUAAAGUGGAACACAUUACCUACUCACCGACCUCAGGCUUCUUGGUCUCUGCAAAGGCAUACAUGUAUAUUCAAUAUGCUGACACUGAAUAAGACAUUGGGAAUGCCUUCUAGGCUGUCCAGAUGGCAAAUACCUGGAUUUUUAAGAAGCUUUACUUUUCGUCCUGGGAAACAAUUUCUUCAUAAACUAGUAUUAGGAAUUGAAACCAGUUGUGAUGAUACAGCAGCUGCUGUGGUGGAUGAAAGUGGUAACAUCCUAGGAGAAGCAAUACGCUCCCAAACUGAAGUUCAUUUAAAAACAGGUGGUAUUAUACCUUCAGUUGCACAGCGACUUCACAGAGAAAACAUUGAACAAAUAGUGAAAGAAACGCUUUCUGCCAGUGGAGUCACUCCAAAUGAACUCUCAGCAAUUGCAACUACUGUAAAACCAGGACUUGCUUUAAGCCUGGGUGUAGGUGUGGCAUAUAGUUUACAACUGGUAAACCAAUAUAAGAAGCCUUUCAUUCCAAUCCAUCACAUGGAAGCACAUGCACUUACUAUUAGAUUAACCAAUAAAGUAGAUUUUCCUUUCUUAGUUCUUUUGGUCUCUGGAGGUCACUGUUUACUAGCCAUAGUUCAAGGUGUUUCAGAUUUUCUUUUGCUUGGAAAAUCAUUAGACAUAGCUCCAGGUGACAUGCUUGACAAGGUAGCAAGAAGACUUUCUUUAAUAAAACACCCAGCAUACUCUGCCAUGAGUGGUGGCAAGGCUAUAGAACAUUUAGCCAAACAAGGAAAUAGAUCACAUUUUGAUUUCCAACAUCCACUACAUUACUGUAAAAAUUGUGAUUUUUCUUUUUGUGGACUUCAGACUGCUGUUGACAAAAUAAUAACACAAAAGGAAAAAGAGGAAGGUAUUGAGAAGGGGCAGAUCUUGUCCUGUGCUGCUGACAUUGCUGCUUCAGUACAGCACAUAGUUGCAAGCCACAUUGCCAAACGAACACAUCGUGCUAUUCUAUUUUGCCAGCAAAGAGGAUUUUUAACACCUUCUAAUGCAGUAUUGGUUGUAUCUGGAGGUGUUGCAAGUAACUUAUAUAUUCGAAGAUCUUUGGAAAUUGUAACAAAAGCAACAAAUUGUAUUUUAUUAUGUCCUCCUCUCAGACUUUGUACCGAUAAUGGGAUUAUGAUUGCAUGGAAUGGUAUUGAGAGAUUGUGUGCAGGACUGGGCAUAUUACACAACACAGAAGGUCUCCGAUAUGAACCAAAAUGUCCUCUUGGAGUUGAUAUAUCAAAACAAGUUGGAGAAGCUGCCAUAAAAGUACCAAAUUUGAAGAUUUGAUCCUUGAUUUUUGCAUAAGAAAAAUUAACUAAAGUUUUGACUUAUGUUAGUACCAAAUCCUGGAUUUUUGUAUGCUGUAUUCAAGAAGAUGUAAAAUUGUAAAUAUUAAAACUUUUUAAAGUAUUUUCACACUUUCUCUGUUAUACACCUAUGCUUGACAGGUCCAAUAGGACUUUAGGGGGUCAGAAUCUUCAUAACGAAAGCAAAGUAUAAAUACAACUAAAGAGACAGUGAGUGGGCCAAUGUUGUAGAGAAAAUAAAGCAAGUUUCUUUUCCUAUUAUAUGAAUACACUAAAAGCUACAGGACACUUGCAUAUAUAUUCUCUUAGGGCAAGCAAAGGGGUAGAGCUAAACAAGAUAGCAAUAGUAAAUUUGCCAUGUGUUAAUUCCAUGUAAUAGAUCCCUAAUUUCUUUUCAAAAUCUGUGUAAUAGAGGCUACUUACCAGAAGCAUGUUGGAGUGGAGGGGGGUGGUGGUGGGGGAGCUGGGCCUAAACCCUCUUAGAUGAAGGAGUGGGCCAUAAAAAGAAUGUUCUUUACCUAAUGCCCAGGAAAACUUGUUACAAGUACCCUCCCAAGAUUACGAUGGUUAUAAUAUGUAUGAAUGAAUUAAUGCUUAUUAUUAAGGGCUCAUUACAUACCAAACACUAGGAGUACAUAUAGAAAAGUGAAAAGCUCUGGGAGCAGCUCAUAUACUAACAGGAGUAACAAUUUAUAGGAAAGUUCAGCCACAGUUCAGAUGGAAAUACUCAGUGAUCCUUAGAAUGUUGCAGCAAGGCAGAUGGUAACGCAUCUUCUUUACUGUCAUUUCUAUUUAUAAAAUGAUAUCCAUUUCUGAUACAGCACCAUUUAAUGGGGCUAAGCCCUUUGAGAGCCAGAAUCUUCUUUACCACGUCUUCAGUAACUGGGACUGUUGAUGAGGGGCUUAUAACACCUGCAGAUAACAGUUUCUGGGUCAAGCCUCUCCAGGACAUUGCCCCCUAGAGAAUGGCUGAGGGGUCAGACUAGAAGCUGGGCUGGUAGCCCAGGAGAUGCUGCUAUUCCUAGGGCCCGCGUUCUCAGACACUCGGACUAUUCCACCAGCAUCUGAGUGGAGGUGAUAGUAAGGCAGUGACUGUGGUUUGGUAUUCCUAGAAUAGCACCUGCUAUUUCUUCAUCAGGGCACAUUGCUAUCCCAGAACCUACUAAAAUCAAAUUUACUUUUAUGUGAAAGGUUAUGUAGAAAUUAACUUAAUUCUGCCAUUAGAGGGGAUAUGAAGGAGGAGAGACUCUGAAUGAACACCCUAAUACGGAAACCAAUAGCAUGGAAAUGGGCUCAGGUUGACGAUGCAUGUGAUACCCAGAGGAAUCAUGCAUCGCCAGUGGGAGAGAUGGGGGGUUGGAAGUGAUCUUUGUUUCUAAUGAAUAAUGUUUGAAAAUGACCAAAUAAAAUAAUGUUUUUUAAAAAAA